GUCAAAAACUUCUACCAAAAAAUCUAGUAAUGCCUCUAAUAAAAAGGAUAGUAAAGUUAGACCUAAAGGGUCAUUGCUUCACAAUACUAGGUCACUUAAAAUUCCUACAGAUAAUAUUAGCUUAAAUGCAUUUUUCGCUAUUUUAUGGUCAAUGGUUGAUUCAUUUACUCGUACACAACCUAAAGAAGUCUUAAUUAAUGGUUAUAAUAUGAUUAAUGCAGAAUUCAUUGCACUGAAAGAUCCUGUUCUAAAUCAUUUUACUUCAAAUUUCUCAGACAAGGAACGAGAAAAGUUCUGGCAUGAGAUUACUAUGAUAUUCUCUCACAUCUUGCAACCAAUAUCAGAUCUAAUUCGAAUUGCUUCCCAGCAAACAAAUAUACUACCCAAAACAGCCCCAGAAGAGAUGCAACCGGAAGCAGAAAUUUUAUGGCCAAAUCCUAUAGAAAUUAAUUUUAUUCAUAAAAUUAUUCCUAAUGAUGUUGCAACUAUUACUUGCCAAAUUACUUCACCAUUAGGAAAAAAUAUUUAA